AUGAUGGCAGAGGAUGGGGGAAAUCUCUCCGGGGUCCCUGAUGCUAGGGACUCGGAGGGUCACUCCACUCUGCCGAGGACCUUCAUCCGGCUCAAUGACCUGUCUGGGGCCGGUAUAGGAGGCGGGGAGCGUGCUGCUGAUGUGGUGGUGGUGGAGCCAGCCUCCCCUGCACCUGAUGGGAUCUCUAUGGCCGGAGAUGAGGGGUCAGCGAGCGGGGAUGAGACGCUGCCCUAUCCCACUCUGGCCCCUGUGGUCUUCUUCUACAUGAAACAAACUACCAGGCCUCGGAGUUGGUGUCUUAAGAUGGUCUGCAACCCGUGGUUCGAGCGAGCGUCCAUGCUGGUGAUCCUGUUGAACUGUGUGACACUGGGCAUGUUCCAUCCCUGUGAGGACAUCGACUGCGACUCUGAGAGGUGCAUGAUCCUGCAGGACUUCGAUGACUUCAUCUUUGCGUUCUUUGCCAUUGAGAUGGUGAUCAAGAUGCUGGCUCUGGGGAUUUUCGGCAAGAAGUGUUACCUUGGAGACACAUGGAACCGCUUGGACUUCUUCAUAGUUGUGGCUGGGAUGUUGGAGUACUCACUCAACCUGCAGAAUGUCAGCUUCUCAGCGGUGAGGACGGUUCGUGUGCUGAGACCUCUGAGAGCCAUCAACAGAGUGCCAAGUAUGAGGAUCCUGGUGACCCUGCUGCUGGACACCCUGCCCAUGCUGGGUAACGUUCUGCUGCUCUGCUUCUUUGUCUUCUUCAUAUUCGGGAUUGUUGGAGUCCAGCUGUGGGCCGGCCUGCUACGAAACCGCUGCUUUGUGGAAAACAACUUCUCCUUCCCUUUCAACGUGCAGUUAGAGAAAUACUACCACACUGAAAACGAUGACGAGAACCCCUUCAUCUGCUCCCAGCCCCGAGAGAACGGCAUGAGAGACUGCGGCUCGGUGCCCAAGCUGUACGAGGAAGGAGUUCUGCAGUGCAACCUUGAUAUGUACUCAUACAACAGCACUGACAACACCACCUGUGUCAACUGGAACCAGUACUACACCAACUGCUCUGCUGGUUUGGUCAACCCCUUCAAGGGAGCCAUAAACUUUGACAACAUCUGCUACGCUUGGAUCGCCAUCUUCCAGGUGAUCACUCUGGAGGGCUGGGUGGAUAUCAUGUACUUUGUGAUGGAUGCUCACUCCUUCUACAACUUCAUCUACUUCAUACUUCUCAUCAUUAUUGGUUCAUUCUUCAUGAUCAACCUGUGCCUGGUGGUCAUCGCUACCCAGUUCUCAGAGACCAAACAGAGGGAGAGUCAGCUGAUGAAGGAGCAGAGAGUGCGCUUCAUGUCCAACGCCAGCACUCUGGCCUCUCUGUCUGAGCCGGGCUCCUGUUACGAUGAACUCCUCAAGUACCUGGUUCACAUCCUUCGCAAGGGGGCCAAACAAGUGGCCCACAUCUGCAGGUUUUUAGCUCGGCGCGCUGGGUUCAACAUCGCGGCUACACCUCCGCCCACAGAGCCCCAAAGAAGCCAGAGACGGAGGAGGAAGUCCUCAAGGCAGGGGUCCGUGACAGCUCAUCACAUGGUGCACCAUCACCACCACCAUCAUCAUCACUACCACCUGGGGAACGGCAGCGUGAGGAGCAGAGGAAGCAUCAGGUGUCAGGAGAUCAGGGAUCUGGAGGCUGGUGCCCACAACAACAAUGGAGGGGCUCUUGCAGCAACAACCAGCGCCGCCGGGCAUCUCGCUCUCGCCUUGCCGUGUUCAGUGACUGGAGCAACGUCUGAUACAAACGUGGCUACUCUGUCCAACCCUGCUGCUGGAAACAUACUCUGUCGCACCCCCUCUCCCACAAACCUGAGCCCCUUCUUGUUCCCCACAGCUCCCAUGUCCAGGACUAUGAAGAGAAACUCUGUUCCCUUUGCAGCCCCGGGGCCUAAGAACUACCCCACUCUGCAAGCUCGAGCCCUGGCAGAGUCCAGACGAGGGAGUGUUGCAGGCAGCACUUUCACUAAUUUCAGCUUUAACUUGAAUAUCCCGCCCAUGCCCCUGGAGAGACGCCCGUCCAGUGUGGUGGACCCACACACUCCCACAGCACAACUCUCCUGUCAGCUGUCAGCUCGUGACCUCAGCACCACCAGCAGUGCCAUGGACACAGCUGCCAUGACGCUGGACCCCGAGAGCUGCCCUUACUGUGCCAAAGCCCUCGCCAAUGAGUCAGAGGGGGGCACCGAGGGCAACGAGACCCCCGGAGACUCAGACAGUGAGGGCCUAUAUGAGUUCACACAGGACCUCCACCACAGGGACAGGAGAGACAGCCGCCGGCCCAAGAAGAAGAGCCGGAGUCUGGGCAAAUCUGCCGCCAAGGUUGUCCGGUUCUGGAGGUUGGUGUGCGACACGUUCAGGAAGAUCGUGGACAGCAAGUACUUUGGACGAGGGAUUAUGAUCGCCAUCCUUAUCAAUACUCUGAGUAUGGGGAUCGAGUACCAUGAGCAGCCGGACGAGUUGACCAACGCGUUGGAGAUCAGUAACAUCGUGUUCACCAGCCUCUUCUCUUUGGAGAUGCUGCUCAAGGUUUUAGUAUACGGGCCCUUUGGAUACAUCAAGAACCCCUACAACAUCUUUGACGGCAUCAUUGUGGUCAUCAGUGUGUGGGAGAUCGUGGGUCAGCAGGGUGGUGGUCUCUCGGUUCUCAGGACCUUCCGGCUGAUGCGGGUGUUGAAGCUGGUUCGUUUCAUGCCGGCCCUGCAGAGGCAGCUGGUGGUUCUGAUGAAGACCAUGGACAACGUGGCCACCUUCUGCAUGCUGCUCAUGCUCUUUAUUUUCAUCUUCAGUAUCCUCGGCAUGCAUCUGUUUGGAUGUAAGUUUGGCUCUGAAAGGGAUGGAGACACUCUCCCAGACAGGAAAAACUUUGAUUCCCUCCUUUGGGCCAUAGUGACGGUCUUCCAGAUUCUAACACAGGAGGAUUGGAACAAGGUACUUUACAAUGGCAUGGCCUCCACCACUCCUGUAGCUGCCCUAUACUUCAUUGCCCUCAUGACCUUUGGCAACUACGUCCUCUUCAACUUGCUGGUGGCCAUAUUGGUUGAAGGUUUCCAGGCAGAGGAAGUGGCCAAGCGGGAGGAUUUGCAUGCCCAGCUGAGCCUGAUUCAGCUGCCUGUAGAGUCAGGGGGGGACGCUUCUAAAUCAGGUUCAGAGAUUGAUUUCUGUGCUCGAAGUAUGGAGGAUGUUAACGGCAGCAAAAAGGAUUUAUCAGCCUCUGCAGUAGUGCCAGUAAACGGUCAUGUGGACCUGAAGACCAGCCUGACUCCACCUUUAAUCACCCACACGGCUGCCACCCCGAUGCCUGUUCCCAAGCUGCCUGUGGGAGGAGACCCCGUGGUGGGCUACACCUCCCGUCGAGGCAGCAACGUUUCCAUAGACCCAGCCGGCUAUGACAAAUCCCCGACCAGUGCCAGAAGCACCUCCCCCUACGCCCCGUGGAGCUCUGGCAGCGGCCGGACGAGUCGCCGAUCCAGCUGGAACAGUCUGAGUCGAGGCCCGUCACUCAAACGUCAGAAGCGGCAGUCGGGGGAGAGACGGUCCCUCCUGUCAGGGGAGGGCGGCUCCAGCUCGGAGGAAGGGGAAGGUGGAGGAGAGGGCGGAGGUGGGUUGAUGGAGGAAGAUGACGCCUCUCUGGCCAGGACAGACUCCAUGUCUCAGUCACAGAGGGGGCCCCGACACCGGAGGAUGGAGUCGGUGGAGACUCGGAGCUCCAUGGAUUUACCUCCUGAUGCUCUGCUGCAGGUACCAUUCCUGUACCGCUCAGCCAGCAUGCACAGCUCCAGGCCCCCCUCCCUGGGCCACUUACUGCCUCCAGAACACAGUGACUGCAACGGGAAGGGCUCUCCGUCAGCCCUGGGCCCCACACACGUCUCUCUGGAGGACAACACUGAGGAAGAGAACGCGGAAGAGGAGGCCGGCUCGGGUCGUGUGUCCAGAAUGUUUCGUUGGCUGGAGAAGAAACAGCCGGAGUGGUGUCGACAGAGGGACACCUGGUCCCUCUACCUCUUCCCUCCAGAGUCCAGGUUUCGGAUCAUCUGCAAUAAGAUCAUCGCCCACAAGAUGUUUGACCACAUCGUGCUCAUCAUCAUCUUUCUCAACUGCAUCACUAUCGCCAUGGAGAGGCCUCGCAUCGACGCCGGCAGCCCUGAGCGGAUCUUCCUCACGUUGUCCAACUACAUCUUCACGGCGAUCUUUGUGACCGAGAUGACGGUUAAGAUCGUUGCUCUGGGCUGGUGUUUCGGGGACAAGUCCUACCUGAGGAGCAGCUGGAAUCUUCUAGAUGGGAUGUUGGUGAUGAUUUCUGUUAUUGACAUCCUGGUGUCUCUCAUCUCCAACUCUGGGACCAAGAUUCUGGGCAUGCUCAGAGUGCUGAGGCUGCUGAGGACGCUGAGGCCUCUACGAGUAAUCAGCAGAGCCCCGGGCCUGAAGCUGGUAGUCGAGACCCUGAUGUCAUCGCUGAAGCCCAUCGGAAACAUUGUGGUCAUCUGCUGCGCCUUCUUCAUUAUCUUCGGCAUCCUGGGAGUACAGCUCUUCAAGGGAAAGUUCUUUGUCUGUCAAGGGGAAGAUGUAAAGAACAUCACCAACAAGUCAGACUGCCUUCAGAACAACCAUAAAUGGGUCAGACACAAAUACAACUUUGACAACCUGGGACAGGCCUUGAUGUCUCUGUUUGUUUUGGCGUCGAAAGAUGGCUGGGUGGAUAUCAUGUAUGAUGGCCUGGACGCUGUAGGAGUGGACCAACAGCCGGUCAUGAACUACAACCCCUGGAUGCUGCUCUACUUCAUCUCCUUCCUUCUGAUUGUGGCUUUCUUCGUGCUCAACAUGUUCGUGGGCGUGGUGGUGGAGAACUUCCACAAGUGCAGGCGCCACCAGGAAGCCGAGGAGGCCAAGCGCAGGGAGGAGAAGAGACUGAAACGCAUGGAGAAAAAGAGAAGGAAUUUAUUGGUUCCGGGGGUGAGUUGGGCCCUUUCUGAAGGCACUUUGAAAGAAGCUCAGAGUAAGCCUUACUACUCAGAUUACUCCCCCACACGCCUGCUCAUCCACAAGAUGUGCACCAGCCACUACCUGGACCUGUUCAUCACCAUCGUCAUCGGGCUCAACGUCAUCACCAUGUCCAUGGAGCACUACCAGCAGCCAAAGGAAUUGGAUGAGGCACUGAAGAUCUGUAACUACAUCUUCACGCUCAUCUUCGUCCUGGAGUCCGUGUUCAAGCUGGUGGCUUUUGGCCUACGACGCUUCUUCAAGGACAAGUGGAACCAGCUGGAUCUGGCCAUCGUGCUGCUGUCCAUUAUGGGCAUCACUCUUGAGGAGAUUGAGGUUAACGCGUCUCUGCCCAUCAACCCCACCAUCAUUCGCAUCAUGAGGGUGCUGAGGAUUGCACGAGUACUGAAGCUCCUGAAGAUGGCCGUUGGGAUGAGAGCUUUGCUGGACACCGUUAUGCAAGCCCUGCCCCAGGUGGGGAAUCUCGGUCUUCUCUUCAUGCUUCUGUUCUUUAUCUUUGCAGCGCUGGGAGUGGAGCUGUUUGGUGACUUGAUCUGUGAUGAGCUCCACCCAUGUGAAGGCUUGGGCCGCUACGCCACAUUCAAAAACUUUGGGAUGGCAUUUCUGCUGCUCUUCCGAGUUUCCACAGGAGACAACUGGAAUGGCAUCAUGAAGGACACCUUGAGGGACUGCGCGCAUGAAACCAGCACCUGCUACAACACCGUUGUCUCCCCCAUCUACUUCGUCUCCUUCGUGCUGACCGCUCAGUUCGUCCUGGUCAACGUCGUGAUCGCCGUCCUGAUGAAGCACCUCGAGGAGAGCAACAAGGAGGCCAAGGAGGAGGCCGAGCUGGAGGCAGAGAUGGAGCUGGAGAAUAGACUUCUGGCAGAGGGGGCAGAAUUGGCGAUGAGGUCACCCCAGAUUAGCCCUCUGGCCCUGGGCAUGGACAGGUCGAGUUCAGGGGGUUCCCCCUGGAGGUCUGCUGGAGGCGGGGACAGGGAAGAGGACAAAGACAGUCCCAAGGACUCACCCACUGCUAACAUAACUAGAGACUCAGUUAACAUUACUGCAGAUCCCCCAUCAAGCCUGGAGCCAUCACUGGAGUUUGUCCAGCGGAGAGCGCUGUUUGACUCGGUCUCCCUGGUCAUCCAGGGUUCAAUGGAGGGAGAGUUGAGUCUGAUGGACAACCUGUCCGGCUCAAUCUGCCACUACUACGCUCUGCCCCCCAAGCCCAGCAAGCACAGCGCCGACAAGAAGUCAGAGCAGCUUGAUCCCGGGGAGUCACUAGAGGGCAACCUGCUGAGUGUCAGGAAGCCUACAGUGGGACGCACACACUCCCUGCCAAACGACAGCUACAUGUUCCUCCCCUUGCAUCCACCUCUCGCUUCAGCACAGCUUCAAGCACAGGCACAGGCUCCCCAGCACAUACUGGACUCUCACAGAGCUCAGAGAGGCUCCCGUGGCUCAGUACGUUCACAGCCAGAAGAGUCUUCGCGGCAGCUGACAGUCCCCUCCGAUCUGUUCCGACCCAUCAGCCCUCACAGCCACUCAGACUCGGAAAGUAUACCCAGACUCCCCCCUCCCAGGCGGGCACACACACUUAGCCGGACCCUCCGCAGACAGGUUGCAGUGUCUACUGAUUCUCAGGAGGCCCUGUGCCCAGAGGGAGGGGAGAGCAUUGAAGGACUUGUGAAUGUGGCUUCUCUGGGCCUCCCCCCAUCUCCCUCUACAUCCUCUUCCUCCACCUCCCCCUCCCCUUGCUCCCAUCAUCAUCAUCAGCAGCAGCCUGCUCUCUGCCUGGUCCCUGCCACACCAGGUGCUUCCCCUAAACCCUCGCGUCCCAGCAGCGUGCAUACCCAGCAUCACGACCAGCACUGCCUCGCCUCCUACUCUCCUUCCUCCUCCUCCUCCUCCUCCUCCCCACCUCCUCCCCCUCUACCAGCCAGGCUGCACCAGCAGGACACCUCUGUGGAUCAGGAAGUGUCGCUCAUAACGUGCACAGGGUUUGCGGGCAGUGUUGACGUUACGACAGAGGACAGUGGCGUCGGAGGUAAUGAGGGUUACGGCGACUUGGCAGACCACCAGGAGAGCCCGGGUCCAUGUUUGAGGCAGCUGAAGAGGUUCCACAGCGUGGACACACACGGCCGCAGCACCCUCCUGCCCCGGCCUCGGCCGUACUCCUGGCUGGACGACCCACGACGUCACUCCGUAGAGGUCUGCUCCUCGGUGGAGUCCAGCCCCCAGCGCAGCACCACCUCCACCUCCUCUGGCUUUGUGUCCCGGGCCGACAGCCUUCAGAUCCACAGCCAGACCCCCACCCAGACCUCACCACGUCGCAAGAAGAAGAUGAGCCCACCAUGCAUCUCUGUGGACCCCCCUGAUGGACUAGAGCCGCAUUCUGGCCUCUACCCGGGCCUGGGUGGACUAGGGGGGGUGGGGCUUGGGGGAUUAGGGAUGCCCCCUCCUCUGCCGAGCCGGGACAGCUGCCUGAGGAGGAGAGCGCCCUCCAGUGAAUCCAAGGACUCCUUUGACCUGGGGAAUGGAGAGGGAUCAGGACAGGAAGGAGGCUCACCAAACCCCAACACCAACCCCAAGCUAUUGACUCUCCCCAGUUUUUCCUUUGAGAAGACAAGCUCUGAGCACUGAACACACAUACUGCAACACACACACACACUCUCUCUCACACACACACACACACACACACACACGCACACACACACACACACAGAGCUGGACAAGCCUCCACGCACAUAAACACACGAUGCACUCUGUGUGUCUGUGAUGGUGAUAGUUCUAGUAAUAAUGCUGUAGAAAGUAAUAAUGGUGAAACUACAAACAGUGAACACGUCCUCGGUCUCGUGAGGAGGACUGUCGUAGUGAGACCAUCCCUCUUCGUCUUUGUAUUGUUACUGCCAAAACAACCAGAAAAGAAGGAGACACACGAAACAACAACAACAACAGUUGGACUGUUUCUCUUCUGCUAUGCCUGCAUGCCACUGGCUGCAGCUUGACCCAGUGACAUCAGCCCUCGGGAUGCGGCGCCCUCUCUGGUGGCCGACUGAACUGCCUGGUGUUGCACGGGGCGGGCUCUGCGUAGUCAGUGGAGGUACAAAGCAAUAUGAACGUUUUAGAGACACUAUUUUCUUAAAUUAUUGGGCCAUAGCAGCGUUUGUACAGGAUGUUGUUUUUUAAUUUCACUCAGUAGUUACCUUUACGUCUUUCUUUGUGACUUCCUUUCUUUCUUUCUUUGUCAGAUUGUUUGUCUUUGUCUUUUUUUU